AUGGUCUCCACCUUUUUGUCAAACCGACGACAGCUCAUUGGCCAUCCGAGACCGGGAAUUAAGGGUGCAAAGGUGUUGGCGUUAGGGUUCUUGUUCCUUAGCUUGCGUAGUGAUAGUGGUGGCCUCGGCCUGACUCCACCGAGAGGUUACAACAUCGAUAUUUGGCUAUUCGGAUUUUCGAAACUGCUGACCAAAAAAAUUAGUCAAAGACACCUCGGCAAACGGAUUCUGGACCUGGAUUCCUCGUACCAAGAUCUCAGUUAUUGGAUUACUUCCCCAGCGUCACUGCCUACAUCUCGCUUAUUCAAUGCAAUGAAGCUAGCGCACGGUCUGGCACGCUGGUUCCGAUGUGUCUCAGAAACUUCUACGGUUGGAUACCCGAACUUCCAGGAUAGAACAAUGGAAUACUGUACCUAA